AUGUUAAAUAAUUUUAUUUAAGAAGUUACUUCUCCAAUCAAUUGUAAUUAGUGCAACCAAAUUCAAUUAAAAAGCUUAAGCCCUAUUCCUAAUACUUCAAAAAGCUUUAUUUUAGAGCGUAAAAAGCUAAAAGUAAUUGAUAACAUAUUAUAAAAACCUUACAAGCUAGAUACAAAAGCUUUAUGCAAGGUGAUCGAGCUAGGAAUUAAUUAUAAUAACUCCAGUAAUACAAAUAUUAGAUCAAUUUCUCCUAAUGAUAAUAGCCUUGUAACUAAAAUUUAUGCAAUGAGUCCUAAUAAUAGCUAAAGACCAUAUUCUCCUUUAAAUAAAUAUUAGACACCUACUUCUAAAUCGAAAUACUAAAAACAUAUAUAAAAUUUGAAGCCAGUUGGCUCUGAAUAAACUUAAAUAUUUAUGUCUAGUGAACAAGUUAAAUUACAAUACUCUCAAAAUAGUAUUAAGAGUUUGAAAAAAAUAGAUGAAAUUAACUAUAAACCUUAGAAAUAUUAUUAAAAAAGCUCAGCAAUUCGAGUCAGAACGUUUCAAGCUCCAUAAAAUAUCAGUAAAUUGCUAAAAGAACCUGAUAAUCAAAUUUGUAGGUAUCUACCAUUUUUAGAGUAGUCUUUUUUAGAGAGUUAAAAAUUAGAAUAAGAAGAAGAUAAAAAACUUGUUUACAUGAUUUCUGAUAAAAGCAUUCUUAGUAAAUAUGUUAAAUAAGCUUUAGAUAAUAGAUCCUAAUUUUGGGUUGAUGCAAAUUAGGCAAACAAGAAAAGAACCCCUGUUUUUAAAUGGUCUGAUAAAAUAAAUAAUAUCAUAUUUAUGAACAUGCUUUCUUUUAUGAAGGAAAAUAAUGAAUAAUUUGUUAAAGCUGUGAAGAUUAAAAAUAGAUAAUUAGUACAUUCUUAAAGUAAUAAAGAUAAUUUUUUAAUUUAUAACCAUUUCCAAUUUGAAGAAGAACUAAUGAACAAGUAUAUAUUUUGGUAAAAUAUUGUAAGUCAUCAUCAAUAAAUUAAGCUUAAAUAUAUGUUUGAAAUGCAAGCUCUGUUACUGGUAAAUAAUAGAAAAAUUAAAAAGUAAGUGACAAAUUAAGAAGGAGGAAGUGGUGAAAGCAAAAUUUCAAAAAAGAGAACAAAAGAAGGCAAGCUCUCGAGGAAAGGAACUAAAGGUUCUGAAAAAGAAAAAAAGAGAGAUAAAAACUCUUAAAAUCAAAAUCUUAAAGAUUAAGAUGCAGAUAACUAAUUGCUAUUAAAUAGAAAGGAUUUUGAACUCAAAGAAAUAGUUGAAAUAAUUCCUCCUACUAUAAUAUUAGAUAUGUUUAAUUAAGAUUUUAUAGAAAAUUUAAAGCAAUUUUUUGGUUUAUUUUCUAAAAUUAAAUCUUAAGGUGAUACUUUUGCAAAUCGAGGAGGUUCUUUUGAAACUAUUUAUUCAGAAAUCAUAGAGUUCUUUAAUGAAAUUAAAUAAAACAUGACAAAAAAUAGCGAAUAAGUUAAAGUUAGUGAUAGAGAUUUUAAAUAUAAACAAAUGAAUGUGUAAAUGCCUAAUUUUUUUACAUCGUUUCCUUCUUCUUUUAUCAGUCGUAAAAAAAAUAUUUGGAUUGUGAAGCAGAUCGAUGUUCAGCGAAUGGGUAAAAAAUUAAAAAGUUGCUCUACAGUAAUAAAAUCUCAUGAAAAACUUGUUAAAAUUCUUAAAGAAUGCAUAAAUGUGUAUCGUAGAGAGCAUCAACAAAUAUAGAAGACAGUUUACCCUAAAUUUCCAUGGACUUAUCGAUUUGUAAUUUAAAAAUACCUUGAAGAUCCUCUAUUAGUUAAUAAUAAAAAAUGUACUGCCAAAAGAUGGGUGUUGCUAUCAUAAUUAAGCAAGGACCUGAAAUGUUAUUUAUAUACUAAAGGGAUAGUUUAGCUUUAGUUUGAUAGACAUUUAGUAGAUAAAAAUGAGAAUAAAAGCGCUGUUGUUUAACAAGACAAUGUUUAAAAGAGCUAAACUGGAUCUAUAGCUCCUAAAGUAGCUACAAUUACAAAUAUAGAAAUUAAAUAACCAGUUUAGACUUCUUCUUAAAAUAAAAUAAUUUCAAGUAAUUAAAUUUUAUCAGAAUUUUAACUUUAGUAAGAGGACUAAGAGCAAGCUAUAGAAUAUAUUUCUUGGGAAGAGUUUGAAGCAUAUUAGACGAGCUUAUUAAAGUAGCAAGGACUAAUAUAUGUUGUUGAAAAGUAGAAACCAGAAAAAGAGUAACCCAAUUUGAGUGUAUAAGAAGAAUAAAUUGAUAGACAGUUAAAUGAAAGUAUAGCUUUAGAAUAAGAAGAUAGCAUAGAAUUUACAAAUGAUUUUCAAAUAAUGAAGGAGGAAAUGGAAAAAAUAGUAAAGCUAUCUAUGCAAUCUAUAAAAUAUAGAAUUAAUGAAAAAAAGAAAGAAGGAUCUUUAAUGAUUUUAGAAUUUGAUUACUUAAUUGAUUAGCAAUACAAUCCCUAUCUAGCUGGUAUUAAUUAUGUUUAGGCUUUUGAAAACUACCCACAAGAGUUUUUGAAUUCAACAUUGCCAGAUUUGUUAGAUCAAACAUUUGCAAUCACAUUAGACAAUUAUCUGAAAGAAAGAUAUUAAAUAAUAUCUUAAAAUGUGUAAUUAAGGGAUAUAGAUAAUUGGAAAGAGAUUAACUACUUAGAAUGA